GAAAAGGUCCAUAAUAUCUAAUGUAUUCUUUUGUAUCAGCCUGCUACUUAUUUCAGUGUGCAAAUGGAGAAACUCUGCCAAUUAGACGUUAAUAUCAUCUUUUAUAUCAUAGUGAAUCCUCCAGAAACACAUAAGCAAUGAAGCAUCAUCUUUUUGUGCUCCUGCUUUUCACAGGAGUCCUUACCCUUGUCCUGUCUUUCUCUCGUAAGUACUAUCUGAUCCAGCAGAGCAAAACAUGGAACGAUGCUAAGGCUUUCUGCCGAGCCACAUACACUGACCUGGCUUUCAUCAAAACUAAUGAAGAGAUCGCCCAAAUUCAGAACGUAUCACAGACACAACAAUUCGGAUCCAAUGCUUGGAUUGGACUGUACACUAACAUCAACAAGUGGCAAUGGACAUUGGACAAUGAGCCGCUUGGAAGCUUUACACCUUGGGCUAAUAGGGAGCCUAAUAACUGGCUAGGAAAUGAACGUUGUGUCAGUAUUAUCAAUAUGGUCUGGUAUGAUGUACAAUGUGGAUUGCUGACACCAUUUGUGUGCUUUGAUGGUGAGGAAGAACAUGUUAUUUUAUAUGAACUAUUUAUGGAAUAUGACUAA